UCAAACUUCCGAUUUAACCUAAUUUUAACGGCUCGGCCAGUCUGCUUUCGAUUACACUCAUGUAGAUGGAGCAAAUAAUACCUCCAAUUAGGCAUCAAAUAGAGAGAAGCGUCGAGGGGGGGAUCUCAAGCGUCUGCCCCGCUUUGGAGUCGUCAAAUCGAGAUCAUUUUUUUUCGAUCUCUCCUUUUGAUCUCGGUUCGGUUUCUUUUGUCGUGAAAGAAUCGGUUUUUGGAAAGAAUUCACCGAGAAUAUUGCGUUAUUCUUCCGUUAUCUCAGAUUGAGGGGUCUUAAUUUGUGUCGCAGGCUGAUCGCCAUUUUUAGGGGAAAUGGAUCCGAUCAAAUUAGGAUUGUCUACUACGGGGUUUCUUGAACUACACUGAGGAUUCAUCUGGUUUCGUUCUAGCUCCAAUGCUGUUUAGGUUAAUGCGGUCUUGUGCUGAAGAGGGGUUCCGUUGGCAUUGGGUUAGAUUCUUGGGGGAAUCCUAAAGUUGAAUCGAGGAGCCCUUGGCUGACAAGAUUUCCGAAAGAAGUUUUGCUAUUUUGUCCCAUUUCUUGACACAAGUUUGUAGAUUUUGCUUGGAGGACGAAAAUGGGGGUUAUGUCGAGGCGGGUGCUGCCGGCAUGCGGCUACCUCUGUUGCUUCUGCCCUUCUUUGCGGACACGUUCGCGGCAACCCGUUAAACGCUACAAGAAACUCCUCACGGAUGCCUUUCCUCGCUCUCCGGAUGGAGAACCGAAUGACAGAAUGAUUGGCAAGCUUUGUGAAUAUGCUUCAAGAAAUCCGGCGCGCAUACCAAAGAUGCAACUAAUCGUCCCAUUAUGUUAUAUUUUACGACAGGUGGACAGCACAUACAUGUUCAAUGUAGAAGGCCUUAUGCCAAAACUUUGCCAACUUGCUCAAGAGGUAGGGGAAGAUGAUAGGGGACUCCAUGUGCGUUCAGCAGCACUGCAAGCUCUUGCUUCAAUGGUGCUUUUCAUGGGUGAAUACUCGCAUAUCUCAAUGAACUUUGAUGAUAUUGUCCUAGUGAUCUUGGAUAAUUACGAGGUUCAUCAAAUGAGCUCAGGUAACAGUAAGCAAGAUUUUCAGUGUACUCAAGAUCAGAAUCAUUUGGAGGAAGUUGGCAGGGUAAAAGAUGAUGUUUCAUCCUUCCAGGACUCUUGGAAAAAGGUCCUCUCAGUACCUCAGAUCACAACCAUUGAAGUUGAUGCUGCAGUGGACUUGUCAAGAAGCCCUACAUACUGGUCCAAAGUUUGUUUACAGAAUAUGGCUAAACUUGCCAAAGAAGCGACUACUGUAAGGCGCGUUUUAGAGCCUCUUUUCCGUAAACUUGAUAGUGGGAAAUAUUGGUCUUCUGAGGAAGGAAUUGCGUGUUCUAUUUUAUCUGAAAUGCAGCUGCUAAUGGAGAGCGCAGGACAAAAUAGUGAUAUGCUGAUAUCUACUUUAAUCAAGCACUUAGAUCAUAAGAAUAUUGGCAAGCAGCUUAUCAUUCAGAUCAAUAUCAUUAAUGUUGCCAGACAUCUUAUGCAGCAGGCGAAGUUCCAAGCUUCACUUUCCAUUCUGGCUUCUAUAAAUGACUUGAUAAGGCAUUUGCGCAAAUGCUUGCAAUAUUCAAUUGAAUCAUCAAAUAUGGGUGAUGAUGAUGGUGAAAAGUGGAACUCUGUCCUCCAUUUUGCCUUGGAAGAGUGUCUCAUACAAUUAGCAAAUAAGGUUGGGGAUACUGGACCUAUUAUUGAUAUAAUGGCUGUCCUUCUGGAAAAUAUUCCUACUACUGCUACUAUAGCCAGGGCAAUAAUUUCUUCCGUUUACCGCACUGUGCAGCUAGUAGCAUCAAUCCCUAACUUGUCAUAUCAAAAGAAGGCUUUUCCAGAAGCUUUAUUUCACCAGCUGCUCUUGGCAAUGACACACCCUGAUCAUGAAAUAAGAGUUGGCUCCCAUCGUGUCUUUUCUGCUAUACUUGUGCCCACAUCUGUUUGUCCUUGGUCAAUUCCAUUUAUUCCACCUGCUUUUAAUGGAUCUGAUCCAGAAGGAACACUUUUGGUAGCUCUCUCAGGUUUUGCUUCUUCAGGAGCCAUAAUGGAGAAGCUCACAUGCAAGAAUUCCUUCGAGAAUGUAUCUCUAGCUAAUACAAAGGAAUUAGAUGAUGCAAUGGGAAAUAGCAUGGAUGAGAGAUGGCAAAAGUUUAGCGGGAACUUAAAGCAAUAUUUAGUUCACCCUUCUCCAAAUGGCAAAAACCUUUAUUCAGUGACUAAUGGAAAAUUUGUCAGCAGAUCUGGAGAGGAAGAGCUGAUCCUUAUGCGACUGAGUAGCCACCAAGUGGGUCUUCUUCUCUCAACAGUAUGGGUCCAAGCAACAUCACCAGAGAAUUCACCUGCAAAUUAUGAGGCACUGGCACACACUUACAGUUUAGCUUUUUUAUUUUCUCAAGCCAAGAACUCUAGUCAUGUAGCCUUGGUCCGUUGUUUUCAGUUAGCAUUCUCUCUGAGGAGCGUCGCUUUAAAGCACGAAAACUAUUUGCAGCCUUCUCGUAGAAGAUCUUUGUAUACUUUGGCAUCAUACAUGCUGAUAUUUUCAGCAAAAGCUAGCGAUCUUCCAGAAAUAAUUUCUUCUGUGAAAUUCAUGGAUGGGAUGGUUGAUCCUCACCUUAAUUUUUCUGAAGAUAGCACGCUGCACGCAACCUAUAAAGGAUCUUGCAGUUAUCUUUAUGGUUCUAAGGAAGAUGACAUUGCAGCAAUGGAGUUCCUUGAGAAAGUAGAAAGGGAUGAUAAGCAACUAAAAGAAUCUGUCAUUUCCCACCUAAUGAAGAAAUAUGAGAAGCUGCCUGAGGAAAAACUAAUAUCUGUAAGAGAGCAGCUCUUGCAUAAAUUUUCACCAGAUGAUGCCCUUCCACUUGGUCCACCAUCAUUCAUGGAGACACCUUACCCAUGUUCACUUCUCGCACAAAAGGGAUGUGAUGAGGUCAUGACCCCUACUUUUUUGGAGGAUGGAGAAACCUUUCCAGAAGCAUUCAGAAGUCAUUCGGAUCAGAAAAUGUCCGAGUCUGUGAAUAAUUUUGAUGUCUUAAGUGUUAAUCAAUUGAUCGAAUCGGUUAUUGAGACAGCACGGCAAGUUGCUAGUUUACCAACUUCAACAAUCCCAGUACCAUAUGACCAGAUGAAAAGCCAAUGUGAAGCCCUUGUGAUUGGGAAACAGCAGAAGAUGUCUGUGCUUCAAAAUUUGAAACAUCAGCAAGAAGACUGGAUAGUUUUGCCAGAAGAGAACAUUGUUGAUUUGGUGGAUAUGCAGAAGAUACUACAUUAUCCGGAAGAAGGGCUAGAAUCAGUUGAAAAGGAGCUCAUACAACGUAGCAAUUCAGUGUUGGGUGAAUCUGAGCAGUCCUUCAGGCUGCCGUCUUCAAGCCCAUUUGACAAAUUCUUGAAAGCUGCUGGCUGUUGAGUAGAUAUUGAAAUGGUUCGUGAUCGAUCUGAUGUGUCAUCGCAUCAAAGGUUGUUGAAUCUACUUUUCUUUUUUUCUCUGUCAACUUCUACUUUUUUUUACAUGUGUUUGCAACUGUAAAGAAGAGGUGCAAGGUGUAUUCGUGUUCUUUGUCCAGAUAAAUAAUCAUUCUUAAAAGCUACAUACAACAUAUCUGCA